UACCAGCAGGGACCAUCUGAGAGACUGUUUACACAAGCUCCGCCGUCACAGUUAGAUGAAAUCGAUAAAUAAUUGUACAAUAGGAUUGGCUGCGUCCCGUAGCGGCUCUGUCCUCGGGUGCUGCACCAACAGAAUGCAGUGCAUCCAUCUGCGAUAACAGAUACAUGACUCAGCACCGGCAAGACUGGCAGUCUAACCUAACUAUUGGUUACAGAACACAUAGCUUUCAUUGGAAUGGACCUUUAACAUGGUCUUAGUGUUGUUGUGUCUCUCAUUUAGCCUAAAUAUUUCUGUGUAAAAAAUAUCAGAAACAUGGACCAGUUUAACUACUUAUUCGUAAAACUAGACAAGAAUAACGACGGGUUUGUAUCAGUAGAAGAACUCCACAAUGAAAUGCGAAGAAUUGGUGUUACUGCAGCAGACGAGAAAUCACAGGCCAUUGUGAACAAUUACGACCAAAACAGGGAUGGACGUUUAGACUACGAAGAGUUUUUGGGCUAUAUUAUGGACAGGGAGCGGAAAUGGAGAAUUAACUUCCAUGCACUUGACAAAAAUAAAUGCGGUGCCAUUGACCAAGAGGACAUAGUUGAUCUAUUCAAGGAGUUAGGUGUGGUAAUAUCAAAGCGAAAUGCAAAGAAAAUAAUUCAAAUGAUGGAUGAAGACAGUUCAAUGACUGUUGACUGGGGAGAAUUCCUACAUCACAUUAUCCUUAAUCCAGCAGAAAAUAUUAAAGAGCUGGUAUCAUCCUGGAAACACAGCCUGGUGUUUGAUGUGGGUGAAAGUCGCUCCAUGCCCAUGGAGUUGACUCAGGAUGAGGCCGAUCUUUCUCUGUGGGGAAACUUUGUAUUGGCUGCGGGCCUGGCAGAUGCUGCAUCUAGAACAGUAACCGCUCCAAUUGAUCGUUUAAAAACCUUGCUUCAGGUCCAUGGAUCAAAGGCUGUCUCUCUUGGCUUUAGAGAACUACAGGCGGGGGCCCUAAGGUCUAUGUGGCAAGGGAACAUGGUGAAUGUCCUGAAAGGAACACCCCAGUCAACCCUACAGUGUUUCAUCUAUGCACAGAUGAAGGCCCAUUCUGCAGGUGAGAGGGAAACCCUGUCUAUUCAGCAGCGUUUUGGAAUGGGUUGUGUGUCCGGAGCCAGUGCCCAUGCUGUGUUUUAUCCCCUAGAGAUACUGAAAGUGCGGCUGAACCUUCAAGAAGCAGGAUCCUAUCACGGAGUGUUAAGAUGUGCAAGAACCAUUUACCAGAAUGAGUCUGCUGCAGCCUUCUACAGAGGAUUUAAGCCUAGCAUUCUCUGCAUGAUACCCUAUGCUGGCGUAGAGUGUGCAGUCCACCAGUCCAUCCUGAGUUGGGUGAAAAGGGACCCUGCUUACAACAGUGAAGCCAAGUUGUUCUUCUUCAGCUUUGUGGCGUUCGCCUCUGGACAAGCCACCAGCUAUCCUUUAGCAGUGAUUCGCACUCAGCAGCAAGCCCAAGCUUUCAGCUCCAGUUCACAGCAGGCUUCAAAUGUAAGCCUACUUCAAGGAUUCCUUGGGAUUUAUGAAAGGCAAGGGGUACGAGGCUUCUACAGUGGAAUGGGGACCAGUUUUGUAAGGGCUGUUCCAUGUGCCUUAUUAAACUACACGUUGACAGCAAAAUUUGAAACAUUGUUUUCCCAGUGAACAAUUAUGUUGAUAUUAAAGCCAUAUAACUGUAGCCAUUGGUACCGGGGGGGGGUUAACUCCACAGAAAAAAAGGCGAGUGCAAUUUUUGUCCAAAUAUAAUUAAUAUAGCUCAAUGAAUAUGUAGCUAGU